GAACCGUGGUCUCGGGCUUUCCAAUCCAACAGGUGUUGCCUGCCCGGUCUUCCCCCUCCAGUCAAUUCCUCUACCUCCACCCCUACCCCCGUCCGGCCGUCCCCUCUCUCCCUCCUCCGCCCGAGCCGCGCCGCGCCCGAAGCCAGGCCGCACCAAACCCUAGCUCCCGGACCUCCCGUGCCCUUGCCGCGAGAUGCUCCGCCCGCCUGCCUCCUGAUCCUCCUCCUCUGCCGUCGCCGCCGCUCCUUGCCCGCCCGCCGAUAUGGGCCGCUACGGUCCCUUCCCUACCGCCGCCGGCGAUGGCGGGGGCUGCCUACCUCUGCCGAUUGUCGCGGCCGAGGGCGCGCUCGCUGUCGUCGAUGGCGCCAUUGCGAUCGCUGCCUUCGUGCAGCUGGCAAGAAUUCACAGGCACAACCAGCUACAGGGAUGGACUCGGCAAAAGAUAUUCCAUUUAAUGAUCGGCCUAUCAAACAUAGUAUUCCUACUGUAUUUCGUGUCUACCAUCAUUGCUACUUGUCAGAGAUGGAUUUGCUGGGUACAUGGAUGUGGAUUUGUUCUCAUGGCUAGUCCACAGAUAUUGCUUCUUGCUUCUUUUCUACUGCUACUGUCAUUCUGGGUUGACCUGUGUCAUCAGACAAAUGAUGAAGAUGAAGAGGAUGUAAGGAGUCACCGUGAAGCUUUAUUAGACAGAACAAAAAUUAAACCUGGCAUCCAUCCUGUUAAUAUCCGUCGGAGGUGUUGUCCGGGAAUACAGCUUGGAAGCCGGCAAAAAUUUGUGAUUUUGGUGCUUGUACUGUCAUUUGUUGUCAUGUUCGCCUUUGCCAUCCUCAUAUGGGUUGGUAGAGGAGAAAACCCUAUUGAUUCGUCUCUGUUGAAAAGGGUUUAUUUGGAUGUAUUUGCAGUAGUAGUUCUUGUACUCAGUGGUGCUCUGGCAUGUUAUGGUGCAUUGUUAUUCUCGAAGAUGAGCAAAGUUCGUUCCGAAACUGUAUCAACUGAGAAGUGGAAGGUUGCCAGUUUAGCUGCUGUCUCACUGAUUUGUUUUUCGUCUUCUGCUAUACUAGCACUUGUGACUAAUGUUCCAGUGCUUUUGUAUUGGUACUCCACAGAUGCAGACAUCAUCUACAAUGCAGUUAUUUUGUUUGUAUAUUACUUCAUAGGUUCGUCAGUUCCAUCAGGGUUUGUUUUAUGGAUCAUGAGAGAUUUGCCUCAUCGUCAGGUGGUAGAAAGGCCCACAGAAUCUAGAGUGGUUACUUUGUUCAGGGAAAGACCAUCUACUACACAGGAUCCGCAGUGGAGAACAGCUGUUACAUCCUCAAACAAGGCCCUCAAGUCAAGCCCGAUUUAACAAGACUUAGUAUCGAUGCUGAACCGUCCUAGUCUCCUAAUGUGCUGGAAGAACAUCAAUGGCACACUUGCGUCCACUACUGUGACAAUUGGUGGGUACGAGACAAAUCAGCAAUUCCUGCUUCAUCGUUGACUGCAGUCAUCAGGCAGGGUGCCACAUUGCAGGAGGGGUGGGUGGGUGGGUGGGGUGGGUUGAAGAGUUAACAAAUGUAAAUAGCCUUAGAAAUGAGAGUUUUCAAGGUUAGGCUGUUAGUUUCUCCUUUGAGAUUUAUCGUGCCUUUCCCUUUGGUUUACCUGUACCUCAUUUAGUUUUUUGAAAGUAACAAGAGAAUGCUUCAACUAAUUCAUGAUAGAAGGUUAUUAUGCCCAAUGAUAAUUACUUGCCAAAAUUUAUCA